CAGGGCGGUACUCAGAUGAGCUAAGGAAGUACCAGAAAAAAUACCAGAUUUAGCGAUAAAAUUUCGAUGAACGCCAUUAGCCGCUGCCAAAUAAGAAAUUUAAUCUUUGGCUGUGUUCGUGCAGAGGCUAUGUGGAAGCUGACAAUUAAAAAUGGACGGAAAACCCCAGAAUCGACUGCAGGAGGAAGCAAUACCACAACAGAGAGGAACAUGCCAGUGCGACUUCGCUCCCUAUAUGGACAUCCUGCCGGGCAUGUCCUCGCAAGUUCUGGCAAAAACAAUUUGGACUCCGUACACCACCGCCACCAGCUACUUGGCAGCUUAAGCGGAGCUGGAGAACGCGCUGGCUUCUAUAGGGAGGAGGAAAAUAGGGCGCCCGCUAAAGAACAGUUGGAGAAGCCAUAGCCAGCCGUUGCCAGGAUGCUGGCCGACUUCCUGCUGUAUCAGCGGAACAACCCCUGCGGCGGAGCGGGAAAGAUGGCGAAGCAUCCGUGGGACGAGAAGGAACCUUUGAACGACUAAUUUACA